CUGCAGCGGGCGGGGCGGGGACGGCCCCGGAGCGGCCUCGGCUGCUCGGGCGCCCUGCCUCGGUUUCCCCCUCCGCAGACGCCGAGCGGUGUCACCCAGCGGGCUGACGGCUGCGGCCGGGGAGCCCGGGGGGGUCACCGCGGCCGGGAGGCGACUGCGGAGCUGCCACAGGCUCCUGGGGCGCGGGUGCGGGAAGGGGCGCGCGCCCGGGGAACGGCCCGGGGUGACGGGCUCGGCGGGGCCUGGGGUCCAGAAGGAAGCGGACCCGCCCCAGCCGGUCUGAGCAGGCCUGGAGGAGAACGCGGAGGGAGGCCCGCCGUGGUGCACGCCCCAGCACUCCGGAGGCUGAGGCAGGAGAAUCAUUCGAGUUCCGGGCCUGCCUGGGCUAAGGAUUGGCUGGGGGGAGGGCAGGUGCGGUGCACACCUGACCUCCCAGCCCUGGUUAGAAGAGGCAGGAGGAUCAGCUGUUUCAGGUCAUCAGCUAACAGCAAGUUCAGGGCCAGCCUGGGCUGCGGGGAAAGGCGCACGCCUUUGAUCCCUGAAAAAUAAAUGACUCAGUUAAUCAAAACAAAAGUCGGCGUCCGCUCCGCUCCGCUCCGCUCCGAGUGGACGGGUGAAGCGGGGCCUGUGCGCGGGAAUCCGGGACACAGGGGACGGAGGGGGGCUGCGAGCGGGCGGGGAGGCCGGAGAAGGGGUUCAUUCCAGCCCAGCCUGCAGCUCGCUCCGUGGGGGUGUUCGGAAUCUCCAGGGCUGCUUCCUCUCUGCUCACCCCCUCCUCUGAGCCCAGCCCUCAGUAUGGGGGUGACCUCAUACGUACUAGAUAAAUACACCACCGCCGAGUCACACCUUCCGUCCCUCUUUUAAGUCCUUUUAUUUUUCUCUGCUGCGUAGUAUUCCGGUAGCUUGCCAAGGAUAUCACCUCAGGGCCCCUAGGGGGCUUCUGGGAUACAUUGAGCAGGGGUGUCACGGUGUGACUGAGGUCAGUUCCUCACGGCUCCUGCUGACAGCUUCCACAGUGCCCAUGCCCACUCUCCCAACAGGAACAGGCCACUGGGUGCCGGUUAGAGGGGGAACCUUGUAACCAUCAGAGUCAGCCAAAUGGAACCGAAGGUCCGGAAGCUUCACCUGGCUCCCACUGUCCUGGGGACAAGCUCCGGGGACCCUCCCCAGGGCUUCUCCAGAAGGCGGGCCUGGGCCACUCGCCUGCGGCCCUGGCUGAAGCUGGCCCCUGCGAGGGAGGGCCGCGACCCCUCCCCUGCUCGGUGCCCAGCGCCCUCCCUCCUGCUCAUCCGGGCACAGCUCUGGGGAGAGCGAGCGAGCGCGCAGGGCUCUGGAGUGGUUACUACGCAGGGAGACGAGAAGGCGGGGACAAGGGGGGGCGCGGGGUAUAAGAGUGGCCGCCUCUGCGAGGACGCUGGCAGAGGAGCCACGGCCCAGCCCCCUGCGCCGGCAGCAGAGCCCCGGGCGCUGGCACCCCGGGAGGGCGGCCUUGAGGAGGAGGAAGAGGAGGAGCGGGGUCCUUCCUCAGUCCCCGCAGUCCCUGGACUCAAUCCGCGAAGGCUGCCUGGAGGAGGAGGGCGACCGGGCAUGGCUACCGAGACACCCUUGGGUCCCAACACGACCUGGUGGGCUCCGGCCAACGCGUCGGGAUGCCCAGGUUGCGGUGCCAACGCCUCGGACGGCCCGGGCGCCGCGCCCAGACCACUGGACGCUUGGCUGGUCCCCCUGUUCUUCGCUGCGCUCAUGUUGCUCGGGCUGGUGGGGAACUCGCUGGUCAUCUACGUCAUCUGCCGCCACAAGCACAUGCGGACGGUCACCAACUUCUACAUCGCCAACCUGGCGGCCACAGACGUCACUUUCCUGCUGUGCUGCGUGCCCUUCACCGCGCUCCUCUAUCCGCUGCCGGCCUGGGUGCUGGGAGACUUCAUGUGCAAAUUCGUCAACUACAUCCAGCAGGUGUCAGUGCAAGCCACAUGCGCCACCCUGACGGCCAUGAGCGUGGACCGCUGGUAUGUGACUGUAUUCCCGCUGCGCGCCCUGCACCGCCGCACUCCGCGCCUGGCCCUGGCCGUCAGCCUUAGCAUCUGGGUGGGUUCUGCAGCCGUGUCCGCCCCGGUGCUGGCCCUGCACCGCCUGUCGCAGGGACCUCGCACCUACUGCAGCGAGGCAUUUCCCAGCCGCGCCCUGGAACGCGCCUUCGCGCUCUACAACCUGCUGGCUCUAUACCUGCUGCCCUUGCUCGCUACCUGCGCCUGCUACGGUGCCAUGCUGCGCCACCUGGGCCGUGCUGCUGUGCGCCCCGCGCCCACUGAUGGCGCCCUGCAGGGACAAUUACUGGCACAGCGCGCUGGAGCCGUGCGCACCAAGGUCUCCCGGCUGGUGGCCGCUGUGGUCCUGCUCUUUGCCGCCUGCUGGGGCCCGAUCCAGCUGUUCCUGGUGCUCCAAGCCCUGGGCCCCGCUGGGGCCUGGCACCCUCGCAGCUACGCCGCCUACGCGCUCAAGAUCUGGGCUCACUGCAUGUCCUACAGCAACUCGGCACUCAAUCCGCUGCUCUACGCCUUCCUGGGCUCACACUUCAGACAGGCCUUCUGCCGAGUGUGCCCGUGCGGCCAGCGACGCCAGCGCCGGCCCCACGGAUCUGCACUCUCGGCCCGAGCCCCGACCCACACCGCGCCGCACUGCCUGGCGGAGCAACAGGCUGGCGUCAGGACGCCCGAGGCUGGGAACCCUGCUGCGCGCUAGCUGUGCGUCCUGCAAGAACAAGCUGCUCCACGCUGAGCUAAUCUCUGCAGGACAAGCCAGCCGGUAUUCAGUAGUUACUGGCUUAGUUUGUGUCCCGGAUAACCCGGGUAACCCAUGUAAACUGCCUUUUCUUCUUCGGUUCGGCACUGUGGGCCAUGGUGUUUGCUGUGGUUGUGAUACUACUCUGUACUCUACAGCGUUUCAAGAUUAAUGUCCCCACUUUCCACAUCUACUUCAGGACUUUGUGCUUAUUAGGCAAGUGCUGGACUGUUAAGCUAAAUACCCAACCUCUUUUUCCUUUCCCUACUCAUUGUAAAACAGGGUCUCAACGUAGCCCAGGCUGGCCUCCAACUCUGUGUAGCUAAGGCUGACCAUGAUCCUCCGGCCAUGACCUUGGGACCUAAGCCACCAAGCCCAGCUUUCUUUUUCUAUUUUGAGAUAAAGUCCUAACA